AUGGUCGGAGUGGGAGGGAGAAGUAAAGCUUGUGACCAUUGUCGGCGUCGGCGCGUCAAGUGUGAUCUUGCCGCGCCCGAGUGCGCACGAUGCGUCAAGGCGCAUUUGAAAUGCGGGGGCUGCCGCGGCCUCAGCUUCAUCCAAUACAAUGGGCACAGAACUACUCACGAUGCCACCGAUGUCAGUGACAUGCACGAGAUUAUUCCAAUACAAAUUGCACAACCAUACGUGACGCCAUGGUCUAUGGACGAUGUUUACGCCUCGUACGCGAUGGAUCACCUGCUGCAUGAGAGCGAGGAGGUUGUGGUAAAAUCUGGCACGAAUCGGACAUUGACCAACCAGUGCUUUAUCGCACUUUCUACUACCAUUUUCGGCAUCGAUCAGAAAGAGCCACAAGUUUUGCAACAUGGCCUUCACAGAUAUGGUACUGCGCUCAAGGCUCUCAACAGGGCGCUAAGCGACCCCAAAGAAAGUCGAUCUUUCGAUGUCCUAGAGGCCAUCAUUGUCAUGGCUGUUUUCGAGAUGAUCGCUGGAAACCGUGAAGACGGGUGGAUAGAACACGCGCGGGGCCUUGAGAGGCUUCUCGAUUUCCGAGGACCGAAAUCCAUGCAGCCACUGCCAUGCUUGGUACUGUUGGAGAAGGCUCGGCCGUCAAUGAUAUUUGCUGCUCUUGUCACCCGCAAAAGUACAAUUCUUUCAAGGGCUUUAUGGAAAGGUCUUCCAUGGAUGCAAAACCCCGAACGGAAGAACCCACUUCAACUGCUUCUUGAUGUCGUUGCAGACUGUCCCGAACUCUUUGUUCUGCGAGAGAACAUUUUCGGUAAAACGGAAGGGCUUCCUUGCAAAUCAUCGCUACUAUCUCUACUAGAAAUGGCGCAAAGGGUUCUAAACGACCUCGAGACAUGGGAGAAAUCCUGGUCAUCAACCGAGUUGGAUCAAUAUGACCUAGUUUCAGCGCCGGCCGCUACUACACCAGUGCGCUCUGGAUACGAAGGGUCCUGUGGACCAGUCUGGAACACCGUUUUCAUGUUUCACAGUCUUUAUAAUGCCAGUAUCUCAACUCUGUUUCACGGAACCUUGAUCUUACUGCUACUCCUGAUCCACAGUUUGCGGCUUGCGCUACGAGAUUCAAUAGAUCAUGGGAUCGAGCCUGAGCCCAUACCAGUCAGGAUACAUGAAUCUGGCAUUCAUAUAUGUCGCAGUGUGGACUUCCACCUCGAUAAACUGCGAGAUAUUGCAACUUCAUCAGUCCUAUUUCCAAUCAGAAUGGCUUAUGAGGCUGUUGGAAAGUCGGACGAAGUUGUUGGGCUGUGGCUCAUGUUCCAGCUCAAACACAUUUCAGCCGGCUCUACUGGGAGAUGGGCCAUGGCUCGACACGUGCUCUGCUUGAACCCUGUUUCAAACAUCACGUCAAAUAGGCUGAUACGCGACUACUCGAAAUGA